ACUCAUUCAGAAACUAACUGACUCAAGAUCUUGAAUUAUCCUCGGUGUGUGGCAAUGGCGGAGCCACAUACAAUGCAGAUGAUUCAAUCCCUAAUUCAUCAGAAAGUUAUACUACACAAAUUUGUGACAUAUUUGUGUUUUCUUUAAUUUCCUUGUGAUCAGAGGCGAACCUACCCUUAGGGUAGAGGGACACUGGCCCGAAGGAUAAUAAUAUGGAGAAUCCUUUGCAUUUAAAGUCAUUGAAUCACAUAUCAAUAGUAUGCAGAUCUGUUGAAAAAUCUCUAGAUUUUUACCAAAAUAUUCUUGGAUUCUUUCCAAUUAGAAGGCCUGGUUCUUUUAAUUUUGAUGGAGCAUGGUUGUUUAAUUAUGGGUUUGGCAUACAUCUAUUGCAAUCUGAGGAUCCAGAGAACAUGCCCAAGAUUAGAAUCAUUAAUCCCAAGGAUAAUCACAUUUCCUUCCAGUGUGAGAGUAUGACAACAGUGGAGAAAAGGCUAAAAGAGAUGGAAAUAGAAUACAUAAAGAGCAGAGUUGAAGAAGGUGGAAUUUACGUUGAUCAACUAUUUUUCCAUGAUCCAGAUGGUAUGAUGAUCGAAAUCUGUAACUGCGAUAACUUGCCGGUGAUUCCACUCUCCGGCGAAACUCUCCGGCCGUGCUCAACUCUCCGCUGUAGCAUGCAGCGGAAGAAAAUUCAACAGCUUGUCUAAUUAAAAAAAAAAAAAAGUUAAAAGAAGUAUCUUAUUAUGACAUUUUGUAAGAGCAUGCAUUUUCCACUUGGUGUUCAAAUAUGUUGAACCCAUUUUGUAAUUUUGUGUAUCAUAUUCACAUAUUAUUCCCAAGUUUAACUUGGGAUGUCGCCUUUUUGUCUUGUCUCUUUAUUUCAAAGACCGUGCUAAGGUUUCAUCAUAAUUUACU